GCAGUCCUUGCUAGACAAACUUCCCAGCAGUAUAGUUCAGUGUGGGGUCAACAAGCAGGGAUUACCCAGUGGUCACUACUUGCAGAGGCUAGAGAGGAGUGUGGACAGAAUCUUGCCCCAUGGUCAACCUCAGCUCCAUGACCCGCACUGUAUACAGCAGACACAUCUACCAGUGCACAGGAUAAAGAUGGGUACGCUUCCUAUACCACAUGAUACCCAGGGAGAAGGGAAACAUGAUCUGGCUCUCUCAGAGUCACAGUCUUUGCUUCUAGAGCCACAUGACUCAAGGACCAGCAGUCGUUUGUCUCAUUCUCCGAUCAUUUACAGUCAGAUCUUGAUAGAUUCACCCCCACAACAACAGCAGCAGAGACAGCCAACAUUAGCACCACCACAGAACUCCAGAAAAUUAGCACAGUCGCCCAGUACUUGGACUAACCAGGUCACAUCCCCUGAGGUCAAAGAGCACCAAUUUGACCCCGCAGGAGCAGCUUCUCCAGCAGUCCAACAGCAACCUUCCAGCCUGGGCUUAGACCCCAAGCAACAAGUGCUUGUUUGUCCUCCAGCAUCAUUUGCCUCAGUGAUGACACAUCCCGAGAAAUCUCCAUCUCCUGAGGACGAUGAUGGUCAGAAUUUUGCCAUCUCCAAACACGAACCCAUACAAAACAUCAUUGGUAGUCAUUCACCGACGGACAUUCUCUACCUCAUCUGUCGCCUCUGCAGACAAACAUAUGGCAGCCCGUAUGGCUUCAGAAAGCAUUUCAGAAACCAGCAUGGGUUCGAACCUAAAGCUGAUCAUACGAUUGUACAGACAAUCUCAGCCACCAAGACAGCAAUGGCACACACAGAACAUUCACAUCUGCUUGAUGAAACAUCAUUGUAUCCAACGUACAAACGAGAGAAACCAAUUGACAAUAGCGAAAGCUCAAAAUCCCAAUCAGCAGACACUGCUGCCACUCGAUCUGGUCCCAUAAAUAACCCUGAGAUGCCUGAAGAUUGUAAGGAACACAUCAAAAAAGAGAUGGACACAAAAUGCUUGGAAUGCCCUGAAUGUGGCCAGACGUUCCAGCUGAACGAUUUUGGAUCUUACAAAAGACACUGCCGGCAGCACAACCUUCAUCGAAGUUAUGGCCCUUUUGCCUGUCAUGACUGUCGUAAGUCUUUUGCUGAACCACAACUGCUCCGAGAGCACCUCCUGACUCAUAGCUCAGUGACCUCUAGUCUUUGUGGGAUAUGUCAUAUUUUUUUCUCUUCGCCUGAUCAUUUGGCAGAGCACCUUCAUGUGGCUCAUGGACACACACAAGGUAGUGAAGAAGGAGUGAAGUCUUCGCCUCAUCCAUAUGGUCCUGAAAGUAACAGAUUGAUGGAUCAUACCCAGACAUCGGAGCUUGGAAACCAGUCUAGCUUACCGGUGAAAAAAUAUGAGUUUUCCUCUUGUCAGUCAGAAACUGUGUCAGCUUCUUCGACUAGCACUUCACCAUCAUCAACCAAAUUUAGUUCUUUACAACCACCAACCCAGGAAUUAAGACUGUCAAGGUCUUCAGCCAGCCAUUGUCUGCCAACAUCAAAGCAUCAUCAGUGGAACAAACCUUCGCCUGUAGAUCCCCACAUGUUCACAGUCCACACACCCAAAGACCUGGAAGUCAAGAAGUUGCCUGCGGAUGGUAUUGUCACCACUGCCAGCCCUGACAGCAGUUACGAUGAUGCCAAGCUUCAUGUGGACUCUCAGCCAGCAAGCAGCACGUCUCAGAGAUCCACCGUCUCUACAGAAGCUCCAACAAUUAAUGAAAAUGACACAGUCAAUAGUGAUAGCCAGGAACCCUCUAAUAACUCUCCACACAAUGGGGAUAAAGAAAGUGCCAGCAACUCUUCACACAAUGGGGAUAAAGAAAGUGCCAGCAACUCUUCAGACAAUGACAGCAAAGAAAGUACUGUUUCUUUUCCAUCUAAAACAGAUGAGAGUUCCAACUCAUUUAAUUCUUUGAGUGUGACAGUGAAGGCUGCUAAUUCUAGUUCAUCAUCAGAAUUGGACGAAGCUAACUCAUUUUAUAGACACAAAAAAUAUGGUCGCCACUGGAAAAGACACAGUGUUAGUGACGGUGACGGGGAACCAAGCACAAAGUCUCCGAAACUUGAUGGAGUCAGCCUAGUUCACAGACAGUCUCCCUUCGCCGUUUCAUCCACAAAUAAUUCUGUAGUCACUGUGCAGGACUGUCAGUCUUCCAGUCCCAGCAUGGAAGAGCCUUCUCCAAAGCUGAACCGACCUGAUGAGGACAAGGGGAUGAAAGCUUUUGAAAACCAGUUUUAUGAGGAUCAGCUUCAUAAACUUGGAAGGAAGCAGAAAAAUGAUAAAACUGUGAAUUCUUCUGACCAUAAAAACGACAUUGUGAAAGUGGGUGGUACCAUUGUAAGAGAUUUUAAAUGGGACAGGCAGACCCGAAGUCAGGCAGGAAAGUCAUCAAACAUGGCCACACGUCUGCCAUAA